CUCCCUCUAAGAUAAAGGUAUCCUUUUUUAAUGGUUGUAUUAUGUUGAACAUGAAUACUGUAUUUAUCAACGUUGCCAUGGUAGUUCCUUACAAUAAUAAACCUAAUAUCCGGAUUUGUCUUAAAACAGAAGUGAUGCAAGAGGAUACCAUGGAGAAGCAUGGUGUUAUUAAGCACGGCAAGCAGAAAGUAAAAACUACCAAUGAGAUCGAACCGGUUCAUGGAUUAACAUAUUGUCGUAGAAAAGUUAAUAAAAUGCGUCAUUCUAAUAAAGGGAAAUUUAAAUUGGAUGAUAUGUCUUUUAAUGAUAAGAGCGAUGAUAAAAUAAGUUCUCCAAAAAGUAAGAGUAGACGUCAUCUUCGUAAAGAGAUUGAAAGACUGAUGGAAGAGAAUCAUAUGUUGAUGAUGAAAUUAGAAGAUUUCAAUGCGAUUUCAGAUGAUAGGGAGGAACAAAAGGAUAAAGAUAAAUUAAUAUUUAAAAUACGCGAUAAGUAUCAUAAAUUAGUGCAGGAAUAUGAACGUGUUCAACAGGAGUGCGAAGAAUUGAAUGUACUUUUGAAGCAAAAAGAAACGGAAUAUAGACAAUUGCAUGUUCAUCAUGAAGAAUCGACUCAGGUUUAUCAACAAUUAGAAAAAACAAAAGAUAGUUUAUUAAAUAUUAAUCAAAAAUUAAAAUCUGAUAAUAUACAAUUGAAGGAAGAUAUUGUGCUUCUUAAAAAAGUAAUUUAUCAAUUAAAUGUAGAAUUAGAAAGGUAUCAGGAUAAACUGAGAUCAUGUGGACAAAUUAUACCAUUGCAAUAUAGUACUAGUACGAUGAACGAUGCAGAACUGUCUAAAGAAAAUAAGAAGAUGUUAGAAUCUUGGGGUAAUGUAGAUUUACAUGCUUUGGGUCCACUUUUAAACGCUUAUCAAGAGAAUAUAAUAGAAAAGAAAGAAUUGAUAAGCAAGUAUGAACGUGAACUCAAUGAUUUUACUGGCAGAUGUAAGGAAAUUAUAUCGGAAAAUGAAUAUUUACAAAAGGAAUUGGAAAAUUCUAAAUCAAAGUGUAAUAGGUAUGUGGAAGAGAUAAAAGAAAUUUCAAAUGAUGCCACUUUGAUCAAGGAACAAAAUGAUAAAGUUACGCAGCAAGUUGUUAAUCACAAACAAAAACUUCAAGAAUUACAAUCCUUGUAUGAAAGGAAGAUAGAAUCUUUGACUCAAGAAAAUAAAAGUCUACAUAAAGAAGUAAUAACCUAUAAAACAGAAUUAAGUAAUCUUCAAGGAAAAUAUAAAAUAGUAAAUGAAGGGUAUGAAAUGUUGAAAAAUAAUAGCGAUAAAACAAUGCCGGUACACGUGCAUGUUGCAGCAGUAGAUGAAUGCAAAAGAUUGUUCGAAGAAUUAAAAUCGCAGUACGAAUCAGAGAAGAAAAAACUUUCUACGCGUAUCAAACAAUUGGAGGAAUCUCUACCAGACAAUGAGAAACAACUUGUGACGGUAACAGCGGAGCGAAAUCAUUUAAAAAAUCUAACGAGAACGUUAGAGCGCAAUCUAAAACGUACUCAGCACAAAUUAACAAACGUGCAAAAUGUCGUAUACUCUGUACAAAUUUCACGUGACUCGUUUAAAAGACAAUUGAAUAAAACCACUGCAUAUUGCGAAAAGUUAGUAUCGGAAUAUGAAAAGGUUAUGUCGGAGAAGGAAAAAUUAAUGAAUUUGUUACACGAAAGAGAGAAAGAAAAUGCGGAUAUUCAAUACAUAGGCGACAGUAUAGCUCAUAGAGUAGGAAACCUUAAAAGUCAAUUGAACGCUGUACAAAAGGACGCGAAGGAUCAAUUGGCAAUGGUGGAAAGGCAUAUUAGAAUACACGAAGUUGGUACAAAUCAAUUGAAAUCGGAAUAUCGUCAAGAGGUACAACGUUUGAAACGUUUGCUUAAGCAAAAGGACGACGUUAUAACUCAAUUGCAAAAGGAAAAAGAAAAACUAACGUCUCAAGAACAUAUUGAAUUGGUUUGACGAUACUACUACAUGAGUAUUGACAAAAUGAUUUAAUUAAUCGAUUCAAUAAUUGAAAAAGCAUAAGCAUAAUGAUUCUAUCAGAUCAUAUUGGUAAUUUAUACAGUUUAAUGUCACGUUUAAAUCGUACAAUUACGAUUUCAUUUUUGCAAUCGACAAUAAAUGAACGUGUAAUUAAUCGUUUACUAUCUUACAAUGAACGUAAUUACAGUGAUUGCCUAAGGAAGUAUAGAGAGCAUUUAUAGAGUUAGUAUUAUAGUUCAUUGAAUAAAAUUAAAUUCUCAUGUGCGCA